AUGAAUGAAGCACAAAGAGCAAAGAUUGAAGCAAAUAGAAAAAGAGCACUAGAAAGAUUGAAACAGAGAGGUCUGUUAAAUAAUCUACAAGUCAAAACUAUAGAAAGUAGGAAUUUACCCAUCCAACCACAAUCUAAUCCAAGUUCUAACUCUAGUCCUAAUUCUAACAGAAUCACUAAAAAACAAGUCAACCAUGAUUCUCUAACCACAAUAUCAUUAUCAUCAAAUAAUAAUAAUAAUAAUAAUAAUAAUAAAAGUAAUAAUGGUGAAAGGACUACUGAUAAUACUUCUCAUGCCAACAAAAAUGAUGUUCAUAUCACAAAUAAACCUAAAAUACGCCCAACUGUGAGAACCAAAGAUUAUAUUGAUUUCGAUUUUUCCACUAUGCAGAAUUUAAACGGUGGUUAUAUCAACCCAAAUGACAAAGGUAUAUACAGUUAUCACAUAAAUAGCAAUACUGAUGACUAUUCUUAUUACGAGGGUGAAAGGACUGCUCAUUCGCAUAUCAAGACUUUAGAGGAUUGGAAAGAGGAACAGAGACAAAGAAGAAACCUUUAUGAAAACAAACCACCACCUGAACAUAUAUCUCAAGCCAUUAAAUGUAGAGAAUGUAGGAUUAAUAUUGAAAUGGAUCCGAUCUUGGAUGAUGUUUUUAAGUUGAAUGUCUGCAAACAAUGUUCAAAAUCACAUCCUGAGAAAUAUUCUCUCUUGACAAAGACUGAAUGUAAAGAAGAUUAUUUUUUAACUGAGGAUGAAUUAAACGACAAGAGUUUGUUUCACAGAUUAGAAAAACCUAACCCUCAUUCUGGAACUUUUGCUAGAAUGCAAUUGUUUGUCAGAUGUGAGAUUGAAGCGUUUGCAUUUAAAAAGUGGGGUGGUGAAGAAGGUUUAGAUAAAGAAUGGGAAAGGCGUGAAACCCUUAAAAUUAAAAGAAAGGAGCAAUUGUAUCAAAAAGAGAUCCAAACAAUGAGAUUAAAGACGAGAGCACAAGAAUUUACCAAGAAAUUGAGAGAUAAAAAAUAUGGGAACUUGAUUCAUGAACAUAAGUUUGGUGAAGCCGUUGAAACAUACAAAGAUGAGGAGGACAAUACAAUAAUGAAACGACGUUGCAUUAACUGUGGAUUAGAGGUUGAUGAAGUUGAAAUUUAA